UAGAUCUCACCUCAAAUACGAAGCUACCAGGUCGGCGCCCUCUUUCUUUCUCUCUCUACUUUCCUGAGCUUUCUUUUCCCCCAAGCAACAAACCGCAUCAAAUCAACGCAUUUAAUAACCAAGAAAAAUAAAAGAAUACAAUUUAAAUCGCAGCCUUGGUUCUUCUUCUUUCUUCGCCAUCUAACGUCGUCGUCUCGUUCUCACCACAGCCCAACGCUCAUUCCCCUCCCGAGUCCGAGACGACGACGUUGACGGCGCCAAAUCGAUGCGAACUGAAAGCUUUGAUCAUGAGGAUUUUGAUUCUGCUCACGAAUAGAGGACUCUAGUAUUGGAGUUGCUUGGGAGCUUCUGGUCAAAAAAAAAAGAUAAAGAAAAAAACUUGUCGACUUCGUGCAGAUGGCUGGAAAGAGAGAUACUUGUACAGAAAUGGAUUUUAUUUUGCAGAUUUUGGGUUCGCAAUUUCUCCUCUAUGGCAAUUUCGUUGGGGGAGUUUUGGUAGAAGACUUAGAGAGAAUACCAGUUAAUCUUUUGUGUUUUAGUUUGUGAAUAAGGAUUGUUAUUGUAGAUAAAUGGAAUCAAAGUGGGUUAAAGUAUUGGAUAAUGGCCAUAGAAUCAUUGUUGACGCAAAGAGAAAACAGGCAGCCCAAUGUGCAGCAAUUGAAGCAAGCCACAAGGUUUUGUCAGUUCAGCCCAACCAUAAUUCAUUAUUUACGAAGCUUGGCAAGCGGAAAAGACUGGUUGGAUGCAAAACGAAAUGUGGGGUGCACUUGAGAAAAUCGUUACAUAAGAACUAUUCCAAUUUCAUGAAAAGUGGACUGCCACAGCGGUUACUGUUUUAUCAGAAUGGUGACUGGAAUGAUUUUCCUUGUGAUAUUGUUGAGUUGGUUAGCAAAGAUUUUCAAAUGAAAAAUGCGGCAAUUGAAGUCCAGUUCAAGGGCUGCCAUUUAAUGUUUGAUGUCUUGUACAUGAUUCAAGUAGAUUUGAAGACAGGUUCCCAGAAGCCUAUAGCUUGGAUUGAUGAAUCAGGUAGCUGCUUUUUUCCUCAAUUAUACUCUACUGAUCGUGGAAUUCAUGAAUGCAAUCAAUCUGAGUUAGAAAAAGAUGAAUUUGGGUAUGCGGAGCCAAAUGGGGCCCCUGAAAUCAAGUUGCAUCUUCAAAUAGAAGUAAACGGAGUUAAUGGCUACAAUUUCGAGGAAUGUGUGGAAGAGUCAAAUAUUUGUGCUAAGCGAAUUAAAAUUGAACAAAAAUCUAACAGAAAUAAUGAUGAGCUAGGCAUUGAUGACAAUUAUAAUGAAAAAUCUGUUUCAAAAAUGGACAAGGUUGUUGAGGAAGUUCAACAGAGUGGCAAAAAUUUAUCCUCUAAGUUUGAAUAUGUUUGUGAAACUGUAGAUUUAGAUAUUGUGAAAAACAUGUUCGUUGUGGGCAUGAACCCGUCCUUGAAUGCGAACAUACUUGAAAUUAACAGAUGCUCUGGUAAUGUGAUGCAAAUUCGCUGGGAAAUUUUUCAGAAGCAGAUUGAGAUAACUCAAAGGUAUCGUGGGGAUCCAAAUGUUCGGUAUGCUUGGCUCGCUUCUACAAAAGAUGCACUGCCUAGUAUCAUGACCUAUGGGCUUGCACAUUGUGGACUCAAAACUAAGGCCACAUAUGGUUUUGGAGUUCACCUUGCAGCUGUGAAGUGUGCCCUCACCAGUGCAAGUAAUUGUGAUGUUGAUGAAAAUGGAAUACAACACAUGGUGUUUUGCCGUGUCAUACUGGGAAAUAUGGAACUUGUUCAUCCUGGAUCUAGACAAUUUCAUCCCAGUAGUGAAAAUUUUGAUAGUGGAGUUGAUGAUCUGCAAAAUCCGAGUCAUUAUAUUGUUUGGAACAUGAAUAUGAGCACACACAUCUAUCCAGAAUAUGUUGUCAGUUUCAAGGCGUCCCACAGUGUUGAAGAAGCUCUGGUCGGGAGAGGAAGUCAAUUUGAUGUACCUGGUGUUACUACUAGUCAGGACCAUCAUGGUCAAUUGCAGCUAGAUUCAUCUUCAGUUGAAACGGAGAGAAAUUUCCAUCGGCGUCGAGAUACUGGGGCCAAAUCUCAGGGAAAUACCCCUAACAUCGGUUCAACCACCUCCAAGACUCCUAAAUCCCCUUGGAUGCCUUUUGCUAUUUUGUUUGAUGCCAUCUCCAAUAAAAUAGAUCCUAAAGAUAUGAAAUUGUUGAAUAUUCAUUAUGACCUAUUCAGGAGCAAGAAAAUCAAUCGGGAUGAUUUUAUUAAAAAGUUGAGAUUGAUAGUUGGGGAUCAAUUGUUGAGGUCUACGAUAACUGGUCUUCAUUGUAAGUUACCAUCCAAUUUUAUAUGCCCGCCAAAAGUGCCGAAGGAGGAACAAGAAUGUUGAGGCAGCAGUGGUACACUGUUUCUCUUAUAUGGUUACAUAAAAAUGAUCAAAAUUGUUUUAGCUGCUGCUCGUGGGAAUUUGUCGUCAUUGAGUUGUGAACAAUGUAGUUUAGGUAUAUGAAAUUUGCUUUUAAUUUCAUUUUUUUGGGUCUGUCUUAUUAUGUCACUAUUCAACUUGUUGAACUUAGUACAUUUUUCAAUGAAAGCAUGCUGUUUAAUGGCUGGUCUCAA